AAGUGCUCGGAGAAUUUAAAGACCACGUCACAGCAGAGAGUGUAGUGAUAGAGAGAGAGAGAGAGAGAGAGAGAGGAACACAGAACGCAUGAGGAUAUAUUGAUGCAAAGCGACGGUGGUUCUUCUUAGUGUGUGUGAGAGAAACCAUGUGUACAGGAGAUGGAACACUGGAACAGAUGAAGAUUGUCAUUGGUCUUUUCCAGCGAUCCCGAUGAGUGUCUCCAAACCACCUCCUCCCCACUCCCACUUCCCCCCCAGCAACCCGUCCUCUCACCUCCCCUUGCCUCCCAACUCAAUCUCUUCCCCCUCUCCCUCACCCCCUCCCUCCGCUGCCGGGCCCCCCAGCCCUGCCAUGCCUCCACCCUCCCCGGUAAAGAUCUCCAUGCAGGAGCACUUCGCCAUCAACGUGUGUCCCGGUCCCAUACUCCCCAUUCCUCAAAUCUCCGACUUCUUCCCUCGCUUCCAUGACUUUCCCAUCACCCCCCUUCCACCGCGGGAAAAAAAGAUUCUAAAGGACAAAGACAAGGACGCCGUUGCAGACGGAGAGAAAGACCGCAAGAAGGAGAGAGAGCAAGAAGAGAACGGACAGUUUGCAGACUCGGAUGACGAGGACACCUACCUGGGAACUCUGGAGUUUAACCUGCUGUUUGAUCAAGAAAAUAACUGCCUACACUGCACAAUCCACAAGGCCAAAGGACUAAAGGCCAUGGACUCCAAUGGUCUGGCUGAUCCAUACGUGAAACUCCACCUCCUGCCUGGAGCAAGCAAGGCAAACAAACUCCGCACGAAGACUUUAAAGAACACGCUGAAUCCAGUGUGGAGCGAAACGCUUGUCUAUCACGGCAUCACUGCUGCUGAUAUGACCACCAAAACCCUCAGGCUGUGUGUGUGUGAUAUGGAUCGUUUAGGACGGAAUGAGUUUAUAGGUGAAGUCCGGGUGGCCCUUAAGAAACUGAAGGAGGGAGAAAACAAGAAAUACUACAUGGGCCUGGAGAGAAUCACACAGACCCGGGAGGGUAACAGCCAGGCAGUGGAUUCUGGAGCUCCUGUUGCAGAAGAAGAGCGCGGUCGUAUCCUGGUCUCUUUGAUGUAUAUUACAGAGAAGAGUUCUCUGGUUGUGGGAAUUAUUCGCUGCGCCCACCUGGCUGCCAUGGACUCAAAUGGAUACUCGGACCCAUUCGUCAAGAUUGUUUUGCAGCCUGACAUGGGGAAAAAAUCCAAGUACAAAACAACAGUGAAGAAGAAAACUUUAAAUCCGGAGUUUAAUGAGGAAUUUGCAUAUGAGGUCCCACAUGAUCAGCUUGCCAAGAAAAAGCUGGAGAUCUCAGUCUGGGACUAUGACCUGGGCAUGAGCAAUGAUUUUAUAGGUGGAGUCGAAUUGGGGAUUAACGCAAAAGGAGAGAGAUUGAAACACUGGUUCGAGUGUCUAAAAUACAAAGGAAAGAAAGUAGAAUACUGGCACACACUGACGCAGCAAGGAGCCCCUAGCAGUGACUGACACACAUGCACACAUUCAGACAAGCACACACAUGCACACGUGUAUUGUCUUUUGAUAAAUAAUACGUCAAAUAAUGGAGUAAUAAUGAUAAAGAAAUGCAAUAAUGCUUAAUCUGAGAAAGAUGAGUGAUGCGUAAUAACCUGUUGUACAGAUAUCUCAGUCUUGUGUGAUGACAAAGAAAAGCAAUUGUGAUCACAAGCCCGGAUUGUGACAUACGACCAUGUGCCGUCGCACGCAUCGACCCCUUUUUCUGAUCUACACGUCACUUUUGUGAAAUCGUACUGUGUUGUGACUAUGCCACAGGAGAUCAUGCCAUAAUGUGUCAUUUAUUAUGAAUGCAUAAAGCAUCCCGGUGUUUGUUAAAGGUGGUGAUGCUGUCAUUUUGCACACUGUCCAAGCACAACCCAUCCAACUGACUGUAAAUGUCUAUGUGUACCUGUGUACUCCCUUUUUGUGAUUUGUGAAGUAUGAAAGUUUACAGUCUCUUCCAGCCCGACAAAACCAUGGAGCACGAGAAGCCAAAUGGAAAUCGGGGAAAAAAUUACAAUCUCUGGAUUUCUGAAGACAUUAGAGGACUGUCGUGUCACAAUCUGCACAACGAUUUGUGUGUACGUGCGCGUGUGAAUGUCCCAGUCUGUAUUUUUGUCUACUUGUGUGUUUGUACUGAAUGUUUGUAUAUUCUCCAACAAAAAACGAAGCGCUGAUGCACGUCGACGGACUGUCGCACCUCCUCUCUGGCGCCCUCUACUGGUGUAGAGGUACUACUCGCAAGGACAAUGCGUACCGAAAGGGGGGUUCAAUGGUCACCCACUGACUCCGGCAGCCCUCAUGCACAACUGCACACUCCCCAACGGGUUAAAUUAGCAAUCAAACCAAGCCUUCGACGGGCAGUUUAUCGCAGGACGUCCUUUGGUCACAUAUGCGCAGAAGAGGCCGGCACACUUUAUAGUCUUGAGUAUUUGUUGACAUUCUCUCCGGGGAGAAAUUGUAAAAUUAUGCACAUUUCUUUAUUUGAAACAUUUUAACAGUUGCUUACAGUUGAUGGACGAAACGACGGAGAAGCACCCGUGGGGUAUUUGGCUAUAAUUUUAUCUAUGGGAUUGCAUUGAUAGGCUAUACAGCAGAUUCAAGUUGUCUACCUGUACAUGAAUCUACUUUUUAUUUGAUAUGAUCGAGUGCACAUGAGCACUCUCAUUGUUGAAGAUGCAGUGCUGACCUCAGUUUUAUAAAAUGUUGAGUGCAUUUACAUGUAUGUUAUGCAUAAUGACCCAACAAAACCACACAAACGCCUUAAACCAUUGUCUUGUAUGGGGUUAGGAUUAGAAACCCUGGUACACAGAUUUUAGCGUUUUAUUCUGAUUCCUCUUCGCUUGCAAAAAAAACCACCUUUAACGUUAUGCUUUGAUGUCAAAAUGUGUGAAAAAGCAACUGAUUUCCUUGUUUCUAUUUUUUGGCGGUACAUGUAAAUGCACUCUAUUAACAAAUAUUUCAUUAUAAAAUCCAGUCAACUUUUAACUUUUGUCUUUCCAUGGCUGCUUCUUUGGCUCCUGGAGUUCUGCUGUCUGUUUACAUUUCAGUUAUGAAAUGAAUGGUCUAAAUGGCAAAUAAUUGUCAAAUGUUAUGCUAAAAAAGCUGCAUGCCAACUGAAUGUCACAUAUGCUUUGAUGGACCUAUGAUCUGCAGUGCUGAUGUUUGUUCUAAACUCUAUCAUCGGACUCUUCAAAGGAUAUUUGUUUUUGCUCAGUGAACUGGGACAAUCCCGAGUACCUCUGAUGAACCAGCGUGGCAUUUAGAUUAAUAGACUGGCACCACCUGCCAGCCGAGAUGGGACUCCGGAGGGAGCGUUAAUGAAGGAAGGGUCAAGCUGAAGGAGGAUUAUUCAAG